AAUAGCACAUUCUAUAAAUACAGCCGGUGGUUUAGUUUCACGUGUGCUUCGAUGCUUGUCUCUGUGUGAAAUAAAUACCAGUUCUUGAAUUUGUUCAUCAAACAAAAUGAGCACUAAAUAUGAGGUGAAAACAUCAAAUAAAUUGGGCAGAUAUUUAGUAGCUGCAAAGGAUUUAAGGGCAGGGGAGAGAAUACUUUCAGACCAGCCCUUCGUUCUGGGCCCUAACAGCGACACAUCGCUGGUCUGCUUCAACUGUUACCUGCCCCUCAUCAGCAAGUUUGUGGUCUGCAAGAAUUGCGGGAUUGCACCAAUUUGUCCUGGAGAUGGGUGCCCUGAACAGUUUGCUAAAUGGCACAGUCGCCAAGAGUGUGACUUCUUUCGCAACCUGAAGUUAAACAAAGGAACGAGCCCCAUGACCAUGGUGCAGAAUGUGGGCUCGUUGUUGGUGCUGCGAGCGCUGCUCAAACAGAACGACAGCCCGCAGGAGUGGAAGGUGUUCAGCGAGUUGGAGUCACAUCUGGACAGGAGAAGGGACAGUUCUGUUUGGGAGUAUUAUGACAACACCGUGAAGUUUAUUCAAUCCCUCGGGCUCCUUGAAAAUGGCCAGAACCAAGAGCUGGUCCAACAGAUAUGCGCUGCCAUCGACGUGAAUAGUUUCGAAGUGCGCGGUCCGCCCAUACCGGCCAUCGGAUGCGCGGAGGUGUUACGAGGAGUUUACUUGCAGGCAACACUAUUGGCUCACGACUGCGUGGCCAACACUCACAUGUCCAUUAAUGACAACAAUGUGUUGGUCUGCCACGCCAGCACCGACAUCAAGAAGGGAGAGCCCAUUUAUUAUAACUACACCGAUGCUUUGAAAGGCACAGCAAUUAGACAACAACAUCUCAUGAUCGGCAAAUAUUUCAAAUGCACCUGUUCCCGGUGCUCUGACGUCACUGAAAUGGGCACGUAUAUGAGCUCUGCCGUGUGUCCCGCCUGUAAAACUGGCUACAUGUCCCAACAUGGAGAACUGUGGGUGUGUCACAGUUGCAAGAACGAAACUGAACACUCUGUUGUAGGGCAUAAGGUUCAGUGUUGCUCGGAUAAAUUAGAAGUCAUAAACAAAAAAGACGAGAAAGAAUUAGAGGAGUAUAUCAGAUAUGUCUCCCUCGUGCUGGCACCAAACCACUAUCUCUUACUGGACGCUAAGCAGCGCCUGGCGGGAGUUCUCAGAGACAUAAUCAACAGAGAGCCGCGCCCCACCAAGAAGGUGAUGCGACGGAAGAUGGAACUGUGUAAGGAACUGUUGCCAGUUUUGGAGACACUGAGUCCAGGAAUUUGUCGCAUCAAAGCUAUCACAUUGUAUGAGUUACAUGCAACAAUUGUGCAGCUCGCUAAGAAGUUAUUCGACGCGCGUGAAAUCACCGGCGCAGAUUUCGCGGAUGAAUUAUUAUGUGCCGAAAAGCACUUAAAACAUGCGCUGGAAAUGCUAGUCAUCGAACCGGGCAAUUCACCUGAAGGCGAACUGUGUGCGAAGGCUCUAGAAGAAUAUAGGGCGUUGAAGUUAACUAUAGCUAAAGUUAUGGAUAGCGUCCACGCGGAGGGAAAAGUUUAUAAAAUUGAAGAUGUCACUGAAGAAGAGGCAUUACAUCCUGAAAUUGAUUGAAAAUUUAAAAUUUCAACGGUUUAAAAUAAUUACAUAAGACAAACAGUGCUGUUUUAUUUAAGCUUUUAAAAAAGAUUUAAAAUAAAUUGUUUUGAAAUACUACUCCAAGGAACCAUAAACUACUUCAUUCUUGUAAAAACCCGUAUUAAAUCUACACAUUAAUCUUUUUUUUUUUUUAUAAAUUUUUAAUAAUGUUUUGUAUUUUUUACUUAUAUUGUUAAAGAUUUAAAAAAAAACGAAGUAAUAAAU